AUGGCUAAGGACGUCGAUAAUGAUAACGCUGAUCCCGACUAUGGCCUCCCCGAAAGGAGCGCCAUCCCUCGGGCUGCACAGGACACCUCGAAUUCAGCUACUGCUCAAUCCACGGCCCCCAAGGUCCAGCAACCAAAACCGCAGGCGCUUGCCAACCGAACCGGUCCGUCCGCGAUUCUUGUCUCGACCAGGCAAAAGGGCAACCCAAUACUGAACCACAUCAAAUUGUUGCCUUGGGAGUACGCAGAUAUACCCGCCGACUAUGUCAUUGGAGCAACAGCAUGUGCCCUGUUCUUAUCGCUGAAAUACCACCGGUUACAUCCUGAAUACAUAUACUCUCGGAUAAAGGCUCUUGGGGGGAAAUACAUGCUCCGGAUUAUUUUGGUAAUGGUCGAUAUCGAAAAUCACGAAGAUAGCCUGAAGGAACUCUCAAAGACCUCGAUCAUCAAUAAUUACACUCUGAUGCUCUGCUGGUCGGCUCCGGAAGCAGCUCACUAUCUCGAACUAUACAAGUCGUCCGAAAACGCUCAACCGACCGCGAUCCGCACCCAGCAAGCCCAGUCUUACAAGGAGUCUCUGGUGGAGUUUGUUACAACUCCUAGAAGUAUCAACAAAUCUGAUGCAGCGAGUCUGAUAUCCACGUUCGGGAGUCUACAAAACGCUAUCAACGCGCAGCCGGAACUGAUCAGUGCUGUGCCCGGCUGGGGCGAAAAGAAAGUACGUCAAUGGACCAAUGCAGUGAGGGAGGACUUUCGGGUGGAAAAUGCGAAGAAAGCGAAGGCACCUGAGAGGAACAUUGAGCCUGAACAAAGAUCUUCGGGCCUCGGCAAUGUGAGCCAGACAGGGCCCGUAGAUAUGGAUGAUGAUGAUGAUGAAGCAGCCUUGUACCUUUUGGAAGCGGAACAGAGGAGUCGGGUGGAGGCGAAAAGGGGAGCCUCAGAAGCCGACACUCCACAACAAUCCAAUCAAGAGGAAAUGAGUGAAGGCAUUAGCGCAGCCCUUGCGAGACUUCGGGGAAACGGAGGUUGA